AGAGCGCUCUGACUGACCACGUAGCCUGUAUCAGCUGCGGUACAGAUAGCUGCAAUACACGAAUUCACGGCCUCUCAACAGUAGCAACGGGCUGCUGAAAAAAAUGGCGAGAUACCUAAGGCCUCCGAAUACAUCACUUUUCGUCAGAAACAUCGCCGACGAGUCCAGGCCAGAGGAUUUACGGCGUGAGUUUGGUCGUUAUGGGCCUAUUGUAGAUGUCUACAUUCCACUUGACUUCUAUACACGACGGCCAAGAGGAUUUGCUUACAUUCAGUUUGAAGAUGUCCGGGAUGCAGAAGAUGCUCUUCACAACCUGGACCGUAAAUGGGUUUGCGGGCGCCAGAUUGAGAUCCAGUUUGCACAGGGAGACCGCAAGACCCCUAAUCAGAUGAAGGCCAAGGAGCGCCACUCCCCUCGCAGUUUCUCUCGCUAUGAGGAUGAUCGGGAUACCCGCAGAAGACGCUCCCGGAGUCGCAGUUAUGAUCGCCGCAGGUCCCGGAGCCCUUCUUUUGACCGUCGCCCUCGGAGAUCUGAGAGCCCUAGAGACUCUCGAUCCUACAGCCGACACAGACGAAGCAGAAGCCAUGAAAAUAACAAGCACAAAGCUCCUCCCAGUGACCACCACAGAACGCACCAUGAAACAGCCUCACACUCCACCUCCCGCUCCCCGUCAGCGUCCAGAUCAAGACCAAAAGGUAAAAAGAGCCAGUCCAGGUCUCACAGCCCUGCCGAAGACUUCCACCCAUCCCAGAAACAGUCUGUCAGGAGAUCCCCAUCACGCUCCUACUCUAGAUCCAUGUCCCGGUCACGCUCUCGCUCCAGGUCCUGGGCUGGACGCAAGUCUGGAGGCCACUGACAGACUGUUCUCCAGAGCCCUCUGUUUAUGUUUUUCUAGAGGGUUCUGUUUAAUGUUCACCUCUAGCCAUUUUUGGACAUGCAUUACUUAACAUUGUUGGCUUCAUUAAUCUGGUUCAUGAUUAAUUAACUGGUUAAUAAUGUUCUGUUACGUUCCUCCCAGGUUUUUUUUGUUUGUUUGUUUUUCCCCAGACGUACAAGCAGCAGUGACAGGAGAACCACAGUAUGUGUGCACAAGAUUUUUGCUUUUGUAGCUACAAGCAUUAUCAGUAUUGACUCUAGUGUGUAUAACAUUUGGUUCCCUCUGCCAUUGUUGCUUUUAUUACUAAGAGUUUUGCGUUUGCUGCUGAGAACUGCACCAAUUCCCUCCCACACAGAGAGAGAAUGCUAGCUUCUGGUUGGGAAAGUAUGUAACAUAAGAGUACUUUAAAGUUAUUGUGAAUUUGUUUUGUUUUUUUAAAUGAUUGGAUAUAAGCUACUACUGUAGUGAGCUAUGGAACUCAUGCAGUGAUUUUGUGCGUCACUAUCUAUAAAUGCAACUGCAUGCACUCAAAGUUGAAUGCUUCAAGGUCCAACUCUGUUAAGAACUGCUGUUAUGACCUUUAUGAAGAGACCAGGGUGCAAGUAGACAUGUUAAAAGGUUGUAUUUAUAGAAAGGUGUGCAUGUGUGAAAGGAGUCUUGUGCUUCCUGCUUUCAUUUCUUAUUUGAAUACGGAGGAAUCUUUUGCCAAAGGUAAAUAAACAAUUUUGUUAUGUCUGUAAGGAAAGCACAUUUGGCUCCUGCCCUUUGUUUUGUUUUGUUUUUCUUUUGAUACAUGUGUUAAAUUAAACUGAAGGCCUGUUUUGCCAUUAUUCACAACAUGCCCUAGUCUUAAAUGUCUGGUUUAAUUUCAGCAGGCCAACUUGUAUACUAUAGUUAUUGUGAUUGCUGUGACAAUGAAAGAUAUGCUGAUACAGCUGGUACCCAAUAAUAGAGUCAUUUUGUUAUGUAAUAAUAUACUAAAGAUAAGAAUCAAUUGUUUUUCGUGUCCCUAAGAAACUCCCUUGUUUAAACUGUUAUACCUGAUAUCUUUUGUCAAUAAAUACAUUCUUACACUGCUCUAGUUGAAUAAGCUGUGUUGUAAAGGUAGUGUCAAACAAGUGUUACUAUAUCAAGUCAAAAAUACUCAAAACACAAAGUAGGGGGGGAGGGGAGGGGAUUUAAUUUUUUGUUUUAGUUUUUUCUUCUUUUUUCGUUCAAGUUUUUCAUCAAUUCAAAGAGUGCUUUCUUGUUUUACAUUUUGUAACAAAUUAACACCAAUCGUAAACAGGGCACAUUUCAUUGUUCUUGGUGACAUUUCAUCCGAGGGACAAAUUAAAAAGCCAAUUCACUGAAAGAUUUCAAUUUUGAAUAUGGAGACUGCCAUGUAUGAUUUAGUCUGGGCAGGAAAAAAAAAAAGUUUACAUGAACCAAGAA